AUGCUUGUGACCAAGCAGCAGCCGGAACUUAUUUCACACGUUCGCGAAAGCUACGUUGGUUUGGGGAAAGAGCGCUUCCAAGGCCCCACUUCAUGGGUGGCAUUGUUAGAGAUCUUCACCAACAUUCUCGAAGACCCGAAGUUACGGGGAACAUAUCUAAUCAUUGACGCGCUUGACGAGUGUACUGGAGACCGGGACCUGCUUCUCGACCUUAUCGCAAGCAAGUCAUCAGCAUACCCGAAAGUUAAGUGGCUCGUAUCCAGUCGCAACUGGCCGGGCAUCGAGGAGAAUCUCAACACCGCAACGCAGAGAGUAAACCUAUGUCUUGAGUUGAACGAAGAGUCUAUCUCCUCCGCUGUCAGAACAUAUAUUCAGCGUAAGAUGGAUGAACUAGCGCGGAAAAAGAGGUACGACGACAGAACAAAGAACGCUGUUCAACACCACUUAACCCGCAACGCAAACGACACAUUCCUCUGGGUAGCUUUGGUCUGUCAAGAACUUAUGAAUGUCUCACGAUCAAGGGUUCUCACCAAGCUGAACAAGUUUCCACCUGGUCUUGAUUCUCUCUACCAACAAAUGAUAGAUCAGGUUCGCCGCUCGGAUGAGCCAGAUCUCUGCAAACAAGUUCUGGCCGUCCUCUCCAUUACUUACCGGCCUAUCACGAUACAAGAGCUAACGGUCUUCGUAAAUAUACCCGAGGGCAUCUCCAACGAGCUGGAAUUCAUGACAGAGAUAGUAGGUCUCUGCGGCUCUUUUUUGACCCUUCGAGAAACCACCAUCUAUUUCGUCCACCAAUCCGCUAAGGACUUCCUACUCAGCAACGGCACGCACCAAGAUUUACGAGACGUUGUUAAUUGGGUUUUCCCUCAAGGGAAGGACGAUGUACACAAUAGCGUCUUCUCAAGGUCGCUAAGUGCGAUGUCUACGAUACUGCACCGCGACAUAUACGGUUUAAAGUUACCGGGAUUCCCAAUCAACGGGGUUCAAACGCCAUGUCCAGACCCGCUGGCCACAGUCCGGUAUUCGUGCGUCUUCUGGGUUGACCAUCUCCGUGAGUCGAUUUCUAAUAAAGACACGCCACAACGCAACACACUGGUUGCGGUCCAGACAUUCCUUGAACAGAAGUAUCUUUACUGGCUCGAAGCUCUCAGUUUACUCCGAGCUAUGUCGGAGGGUGUCAUUGCCAUAAGAAAACUUGAGGGCCUACUAGGGCGAACUCAUCAAAGGCAGCUAACAACCUUUAUUCGGGAUGCGCACCGGUUCGCUCUCUCCUAUAGAUGGAUAAUCGAGCAAGCCCCUCUUCAGGCGUACACGUCAGCCCUCGUAUUUGCACCGCUUGGUAGUCUAAUGAAGAAGAGAUUUAAGACGGAAGAACCUAGCUGGAUCAGUGUAAAGCCAGUAGUAGAAGCGGACUGGAAUGCGUGCCUCCAGACGCUCGAAGGCCAUAGCAAAGAGGUUACCUCGAUCGCCUUUUCGGCGGGUGGCCAGCGGCUCGCAUCCGGUUCAUGGGACCGUACCGUCAAGAUCUGGGAUCCCGCCUCGGGCCAAUGUCUCCAGACGCUCCAAGGCCAUAGCAAAGAGGUUACCUCGAUCGCCUUUUCGGCGGAUGGCCAGCGGCUCGCAUCCGGUUCAUGGGACCGUACCGUCAAGAUCUGGGAUCCCGCCUCGGGCCAAUGCCUCCAGACGCUCCAAGGCCAUAGCUACUCGGUUACCUCGAUCGCCUUUUCGGCGGAUGGCCAGCGGCUCGCAUCCGGUUCAUGGGACCGUACCGUCAAGAUCUGGGAUCCCGCCUCGGGCCAAUGCCUCCAGACGCUCCAAGGCCAUAGCGACGCGGUUACCUCGAUCGCCUUUUCGGCGGAUGGCCAGCGGCUCGCAUCCGGUUCACGGGACCAUACCGUCAAGAUCUGGGAUCCCGCCUCGGGCCAAUGCCUCCAGACGCUCCAAAGCCAUAGCGACGAGGUUACCUCGGUCGCCUUUUCGGCGGAUGAUCUAAGGGCGCAUGGGUAUAGGUUGGGCUCAGAUAAGACCUGGGUUAUUUGUAACGGCCAGAAUGUGCUAUGGUUACCACCUGAAUACCGCCCAACCUGCUCUGUAAUCCAAGGGCGGAUGGUAGCUAUUGGCUGCUCAUCAGGGCGAGUUUGUACUAUUGGCUUCUCGCGCGACAUAUAA